CAAGCUAGGUUGAGGCUGCGCAGCAUUUCCACGUCAGUGUGUUUACCAAAGCUACAGGAAGUCGUUCAAUUUAUUCCCGUAUGAGCAGUUUUUCAUGAUUGAAUGAAGAAGUGGAGCUGGGAAGGACGACAUUUUAAUUAAGUGGAAUGUCCGAACCUUUUAUUUUAUGUAUUUGUGGCAGUAAACUGACAUUUGGUCUUCAUUCACUGGUGACCGGCUAGCGAGCUAGCGUUAGCUUCAACAUCAGGACUCCGUGCUUCAACCAGCAGCCUCACUAAGAGAACCAGUAUGAUCGACAAGCAUAUCUACAUUGUCCAAGGAGAAAUAACCACUGUUGUUGGAGCCAUAAAGAGGAACUCCAGAUGGAAUACCCACACCUCCCUGGAUGAAGAACAAGACCCGUUACUGAAAAGCUUUGGUCAUCUCAAAGAGUUACUUAACAACAGAAAAGAGCUUUCCGAUAUCGAACCCAACCUCUUCCUGAGACCCUUCCUGGAAGUAGUCCGAUCCGAGGACACCACCGGACCAAUCACAGGCCUCGCUCUUACCUCCGUGAACAAGUUCCUCUCCUAUGGCCUCAUUGAUGCUAACCACGAGGCUGCAGCCGAGGCCAUUGAAAACAUGGCCGAUGCCGUCACGCACGCCAGGUUUGUGGGAACAGACCCCGCCAGCGACGAAGUGGUCCUGAUGAAAAUCCUGCAGGUUCUGAGGACCCUGUUGUUGACACCAGUUGGAGCCCAUUUGACCAACGAGUCGGUUUGUGAGAUCAUGCAGUCCUGCUUCAGAAUCUGCUUUGAGAUGCGCCUCAGUGAGCUCCUUAGAAAGUCCGCAGAGCACACGCUGGUAGACAUGGUGCAGCUGCUGUUCUCCAGACUGCCGCAGUUCAAAGAAGAAGCCAAGAGUUUUGUUGGUGCCAACAUGAAGACGCUGAAGAUGCGAGCUGGUGGAAUGGGGGAGUCCUCCAAGUGGAAGAAGCAGAAACGCUCACCAAGGCCUCCUCGCCACAUGGUCCGAAGCUCCUCGGGUCAAAUGGAACCGAGCCAGCCCAGCACCCUCAGCAACAACCUCUCAGGUGGCGUCCCUUUCAUCGAACAAGGCGUGCCCAACUCAGGCCUCGUGACCUCAGACAGUGCCACCUCAUCCAUAUCAACCACAGACAGCGCCCUGGAAACCGGAUCCAAAGCCACAUCCAAGGAGGACCUCUCUGACCUGGACCAGUGUAGCUCCUCGGCGACCACGCCCUGCAUCGCCACCCCGCUCCCCGCUACCGAGCCCGGCCCGUCAGAAGCACCGUCUGAAGGCAGACCGAUUGAAUCGGCUCAGUCGGCCUCUGCGGAGUCCAUUCCUGAAGUCCUGGAGGACAAAGACUCUGUCGCCGAGCAGUCAGACACCGCCUCUGUUCAUGACAUGGACUACGUCAACCCUCGAGGGGUUCGUUUUACUCAGUCCACUCAGAGAGACGGCGUCUCCCUCAUCCCUUACGGCCUCCCGUGUCUGAGGGAACUCCUUCGCUUCCUGAUUUCUUUGACCAACCCUCAUGACCGUCACAACACAGACGCCAUGAUGCACAUGGGCCUGCAGCUCCUGACCGUAGCGCUGGAGUCUGCACACAUCGCUAACUACCAGUCUUUACUAGUCCUGGUUAAGGAUGAGCUCUGCAGACACAUGUUCCAGCUGCUUAGUUUGGAGCGUAUGAGUCUUUAUGCGUCCUCCAUACGCGUUUGCUUCCUGCUCUUUGAAAGCAUGAGGGUUCACCUGAAGUUUCAGCUGGAGAUGUACCUGAAGAAGCUGAUGGACAUCAUCACAUCUGAGAACAUUAAGAUGCCAUACGAGAUGAAGGAGAUGGCCCUGGAGGCUCUGGUACAGCUGUGGAGGAUCCCCAGCUUCGUCACCGAGCUCUACAUCAACUACGACUGCGACUUCUACUGCUCCAAUCUGUUUGAAGACCUCACCAAGCUGCUGUCCAAGAACGCCUUCCCGGUGUCAGGGCAGCUGUACACCACCCACCUGCUGUCCCUGGAGGCUCUGCUGACGGUCAUCGACGGCAUCGAGGCCCACUGCCAGGCCAAGGUGGGGAACACCACCUCCCAGCAGGACCAGUCCGACCCGCUCCCCGCUGAAGCAGAAGCUUCCUGCACCAAUGGAACAGACUCUCUCUGUGAUCUCAACAGAACCAGCAGCACAAAUGUUCCUCUCCACGCUGCGAAUGCUGCAGUGUUUCCUCCAACCAGUGGACACUUGAUGGCAGAGAAGAUGAGGGUCGGCAGGCAGGACCAAGGGGACAGCGACGCUGAGAAGAAAACUCCCAAGAAGCCUCUGCGUUUCUCCUCAUAUUUACCUGAUUCCCAAGAGCUGAUGGAGAUCAGAACAAAAAAGAAGCUGCUGAUCACAGGAACAGAACAGUUCAACCAGAAGCCCAAGAAGGGUAUCCAGUUCCUGCAGGAGAAAAGUCUUCUCAGGGACCCCAUGGACAACAACCAGGUGGCCCAGUGGCUCAGAGAAAACCCCCGUCUGGACAAAAAAAUGAUCGGCGAGUUCGUCAGCGACCGCAAGAACAUGGAGCUCCUGGACAGCUUUGUGAACACCUUCACCUUCCAGGGCCUUCGCAUCGAUGAGGCUCUGAGGCUCUACCUGGAGGCCUUCAGACUUCCUGGAGAGGCUCCUGUAAUCCAGAGACUCCUGGAAACCUUCACAGACAACUGGCAUAAGGUGAAUGGCUCUCCUUUCAUGACUAACGAUGCAGGUUUUGCUUUGGCCUACGCUGUCAUAAUGCUGAACACCGACCAGCACAACCACAACGUCCGCAAGCAGAACAUCCCCAUGACUGUAGAGCAAUUUAAGAAGAACCUGAAGGGUGUGAAUGGAAACAAGGACUUUGACCAGGACAUGCUGGAGGACAUCUACAGCGCCAUCAAGUAAGAACAUGAAGAGAUUGUGAUGCCAGAUGAGCAGACAGGACUGGUGAAGGAGAACUAUGUGUGGAGCGUGUUGCUGAACCGCGGAGCCACACCUGAGGGGAUUUUCCUCCACCUUCCAGCCGGCAGCUAUGACCACGACCUGUUCACCAUGACUUGGGGUCCCACCAUUGCUGCUCUUUCCUUCGUGUUUGACAAGAGCCUCGAUGAUGCCAUCCUCCAGAAGGCAAUCAUGGGCUUCAGAAAAUGUGCCAUGAUCGCAGCUCACUAUGGCUUCAGUGAUGUUUUUGACAACUUGAUCAUCUCCCUCUGCAAGUUCACUUUGAGCAGCGAGUCUGUGGAGAACCUUCCUACGGUGUUCGGCAGCAACAAUAAGGCUCAGACCGCAGCCAAGACUGUGUUUGACCUCGCCCAUCGUCACGGCAACAUCCUGAGGGAGGGGUGGAAGAAUAUCAUGGAGUCCAUGCUGCAGCUGUUCAGAGCUCAGCUCCUGCCUAAAGCCAUGGUGGAAGUGGAGGACUUUGUGGAGCCUAAUGGAAAAAUUUCCCUUCAGCGGGAGGAGACUCCUUCAAAUCGCGGUGAGUCCGCUGUUCUGAGUUUCGUGAACUGGUUGACCCUGAGUGGGGCGGAGCAGUCAGGACUGAGGGGGCCAUCCACAGAAAACCAGGAGGCCAAGCAGGCCGCCGUGGUCUGCAUCAAGCAAUGUGACCCAGAGAAGCUGAUAACGGAGAGUAAGUUCCUCCAGCUGGAGUCUCUACAGGAGCUGAUGAAGGCGCUGAUAUCCGUCACUCCUGACGAGGAGACGUACGAUGAAGAAGAUGCUGCCUUCUGCCUGGAGAUGCUGCUGCGGAUUGUUUUGGAAAACCGGGACCGUGGGUUGUGUGUUUGGCAGACCGUGAGGGACCACCUCUACCACCUCUGUGUUCAUGCUGCGGAGAGCUGCUUCCUGGUGGAGAGGGCCGUGGUGGGACUCCUUCGACUCGCCAUCCGCCUGCUGCGGCGAGAGGACGUCAGCUCUCAGGUUCUCCUCUCCCUGCGCCUCCUUCUGAUGAUGAAACCACACGUGUUGUCCCGAGUCAGCAGGGAGGUGGCCUACGGCCUCCAUGAGCUGCUGAAGACCAACGCUGCUAACAUCCACUGCACAGACGACUGGUACACCCUCUUCUCCCUGCUGGAGUGCAUCGGAGCAGGAAUCAAACCUCCCGCCUCCUUCCAGCUCGCCGCCACUACAGCCGACAGCGACACAGGUGCGCAGUCAGACAGCGAGCUGACCUCUCAUCACUCCAGUGAGGUGAGUCUAGACCGCGGCUACACCUCCGACUCCGAGGUCUACACUGACCACAGCAAGACCAGGAUACCACGCUCCACCACGGAGGUGGAUGUGGCCAGCAGCGGAUGGCUGGUGGUUGGAAAAGACGAUCUGGAGAUGAGCAACCCCGGCCCGCCCAGCUCCAAAGCUCAGCUCAGUCACCCUCUGGUGAACCAGUACAGUCUGACUCUGGGUCAGGAUCCGGGUCAGCAUGACACCAAGUCUCUCCUCAAGUGUGUGGAGACGCUGUCAUUCAUCGUCCGAGACGCCGCCCACGUCACCCCGGACAACUUUGAGCUGUGUGUGAGAGCCAUACGGGUGUUUGUGGAGGCUAGCCUCAACGGAGGUUACCGGAACCACGACAAGAAGAAGAGCCACAAGUAUGACCCCUCCAAGUCCCGGAUCAGGAAGAAAGCUGUUGGGAGGGAGAAGGAAGCGGCGAGUGGCACACGGCGGGGCGGCAGCAGAGCGUCAAGCCAGCGUCCAUCACGUUCCCAUAGCGACGAGGAGGAGGACGAGGGUGUCCCAGCCAGCUAUCAUACUGUGUCUUUACAGCUGCUGGACCUGAUGCACACCCUGCACACCCGGGCGGCCAGCAUCUACAGCUCAUGGGCGGAGGAGCAGCGCCAUCUAGAGGCCUCGGGCAAGAAGAUUGAAGCAGACUCCCAGACUCUGUGGACCAGCUGCUGGUGCCCUCUGCUGCAAGGCAUUGCCUGGCUGUGCUGUGAUGCCAGGCGGCAGGUCCGUAUGCAGGCCCUCACCUACCUCCAGAGGGCGCUGCUCGUCCACGAUCUGCAGACGCUCGAUGCCACGGAAUGGGAAUCAUGCUUCAAUAAGGUUCUAUUCCCACUUCUGACAAAGCUGCUGGAGAACAUCAGCCCUGCAGAUGUUGGUGGUAUGGAGGAGACCAGGAUGAGAGCCUGCACGCUGCUGUCAAAGGUCUUCCUGCAGCACCUCUCCCCCUUGCUGUCCCUGCCCACCUUCGCAGCCCUCUGGCUCACUAUUCUGGAUUUCAUGGAUAAGUACAUGCAUGCUGGAUCCAGCGACCUGCUGCUGGAGGCCAUCCCAGAGUCCCUGAAGAACAUGCUGCUGGUGAUGGACACGGCCGGGAUCUUCCACAGCACAGACUCCAGGACGGGAUACUCGGAUCUGUGGGAGAUUACCUGGGAGCGCAUCGUCUGCUUCUUGCCCAACCUGAGGGAGGAACUUUUUAAACAGACCGUCAUGCCAGAUCCAAAUUACGGUUCUGCAGCAGAUCCCGUUCAGCCGACACCAACAGGAGGGCACCCUCCCUCCCCUCCAGCGUCGCCGCCUCGGGCCCAGUCCCCCUCCCUGGUACCGGUGACCCCUGCAGAGGUUCAGUCCUCCAUCAGACCUGAUUCUCCCGUGGAGCCACAGCUGGCCGGUACCAACGGAUCCGAUCGCUCGUCUCCGGUACCGCCCUCCAGUCCUCCACUACCGGCUCCGAUAGGGACGACCCCCCCCCAGGUUCGGGCUCUAAGUCAGCCCCCCCUCAUCCUCCAGCCCUUAGCGUCCCCCCUGCAGGUGGGAGUCCCGCCCAUGUCCCUCCCGAUCAUCCUGAACCCCGCCCUGAUCGAGGCCACAUCCCCAGUACCGCUGCUGCCCGGGCCCAAAACCACAAGUCCCUCUGACGAGGUCCAGUAGAAGUCUGCCAGCUCCCCAGCACCCCAUGUGACUCUGUUCUAAAACAUAGGUGGUCGAUCUUCUAAUCUCAGCUCAGUAAACAGGCAGGUACCAGGUGAGGUCCGGUCCAACUGACCCACUUGGUUCCUAAAGCCCAGACACUGUUUAAGAUUCAGGAUUUAGCUCGCAGACCCUUCUAAAGUUCCAAAAAUGCAUCUCUUCAGAACAAAAGCAAACCUGUUUGGUAGACACACACACACACAGACGCACGCACACACACACACACACACACACACACACACACACACACACACACACGUUCAACAUUCCACACGAGUUGCAGGAAGUUCCUGCUUACAGGUUGUUUAUGGAUCAGCUGAUCUGGGAGCAGGACGGAUUAGUUUAGUUUCUCCUUCAGUGUCAGGUCUAAAAUCAGAUGAACAUUUUAACUCCAACUGGAUCUGAGCCAUAGUGAGUUGUUUGGACUUCUGUAACCGGACCGGAUACCGGAUCCUCUUGGGGCGUUCAUACGUCUCCCUGCAGCUCUUUCUGAACCCCUCUUGGGUUGAAUCGUCAGACGUUCAGCUGCUGUCCGUCUGAGACGAGCUUCUCGAGGACAAACCCAAACCUCCACAUCCACAUGGUAUUUAAUCUGGGAUUUAAUCCACUCUCUAAAUUUUCCAAUCUCACAGGAAGUAGUCAGCUCGGUUUCCAGUUGCUUCCAGAUGUUGUUGCAUGCUGGUUGCUCCUCUGUGUGCAACAGCCUGAGCGUCAAACCUGAUAUUUAAUGUUAUUUAUUGAAGUGGGAAGCGGAGGCGGAUCAGUGGGAGUCGGGGAACACCACAGCCUUACGUUCUCCGACACCAAUGCUGUGUCUCGGUGUGUUGUACGAGACUUCGUUUUAUCAGGAGCUAAAAUCGUGAUGAUUACAGGAAAAUGUGUACAAAUAUAUAAAUAUAAAUUAAACGUAAUGUGCUUUUUACAAUAAAUACGGUGUAAAUGUU